GCCACCGCUUCACCCACAAUCCUGAGGACAAAAUCACAACAAACAAGUCGCUAGAGGUCUAAUGCGGUCCAUUAAUAUUGAAUAAAACGUAACUGUGGUAACUCCAUGGCGGCCCUCUACGAGAGGACAUGAUCAAGCAGAGAAGGAAAAGUAAUGGAGCACGGAGGUCUGCCCUAGAGAAUCCCUGCCAAUGCCACAUCCUUAGUACCUACGACAAGAAUGGAAGAGUUUCCCAAGCUCCACCUAACUUCCCCACCAUCCAGCCUUUCGGAUGGCUUGUUGGCUCCCCGUGUGUCAACCCCACCCAUACCCCGCCCUCGCAAGACUUCCUCCUUGUCCUUGGUUUCUACUCCCAAGCACCCUGUCUCUGUGCGUCACCCUUCACUGUCACCUCACACCAAUGGUCUUGAGUACCAUAACAACAAGAAUAAUUGUGGUCACCAUGGCAUGCAGCGUGCUCCCUCUUUGGAUUCAGCCACACACAGAGAUAUUCCCCUUUCACCCAUAAUGCAGCUACAGUGUUCCCACAGUGACAGUGAAACGGAGGAAGAGAGUAACUUCCAUUUGCUGCAUCGCAGUGCUCGCCCGAGUCCUGGUCCUCACCUCAGUAGGCAUCAUAGGAGGCUGCCACUACAACAGCAACAGCAGCACCACCAACAACAACACCAUUGUAAUCAUCAGUAUCAACAACAGCAACAACAACAUUCAUAUAGCUUGCCUGCUACCCCUAGAGUAAAUGGCAGUUCAAAUCCUUCAGGUCUUAAUGGCAACCUCUUUCCUUUGGGCACAUCUCCUUCAUAUAGUGCCAUCCCUUGCAUCUUGGCAGCACAAGCAGCUGACCAAGGCAACCAUGUCAUGUCACCAAGCACUAGCCAUUAUAUUACUUGUAACACUGGAGAAAGCCAACUUGAGAACUCUGCUUUCAUGGGGUCUCAAGAUUCUAAAUUGUCUGGUGUGAUAGACUACAGCAGCCUUCCUCUCCCAGAGGGAAAUCAGGAACCAAUUAAGAGGAAUAGAGACAUUAGCCGACAUAUGAGUGAGCCAUGCAUUACUGAAGCCCAGAGAUAUUCUGGAGGACUGUUCAACUCCCCAAGAAGAAGAGGGACAAAGCAUAGAUCUAAGGGAGGCUGCCUUGUAGGACCCAAAGAAAGUGGAGUUAUGGACAAUAUUAAAGAAAGUGGACAGAGUGAAGGGGAAACAGAGGAGAGCAGUGCAUUAGAGGUACAGUGGAGAUUUAUUCAGACCUUAGUGUCAGAACUAAAUGUGACUAAAGCCAGUAAUCGAAAACUAAUGGCAGAUUUGCACCAGGCCAAGAUGGAAAUACAGGUCUUGAAAGCUUCCUUGGACUCUUACAUCGAGGGAGGUCUGCAGCCUGGGACAAUAACUGAGAUGGUUGGGCAGAUCCAUGCAGCUCAGAAAGUGCGUGAUGAAGCAAUGAUGUCUCGAAUAAAGCUGGCCAAUGAGGAACGUGAUGCAGCCCUCACCCAUAGCCGGGUCCUCAUGGAGAAGCUUAGUCUAUCACCCCAGGGCACAUCCACUGCCUCCUGUAGUGCUGUAGAAGCAUCAGACCUACAUGAACACCCAUCUGGAGGCAAUAGUAGCUGCACGAGUUCUCCAAGACGCAGUGACAGACGCUAUCAAAAGUCUGGUGAUCUGAUGCCUUCCUUAAUGACCUCAGGGAGCCCUUACACAUCCUCACCUCCUACCUUCACACAAGGGCUGGAACAGAGGUCCCUGGGUGAGCGAGAGGCAGCCACAGUGGCACAACUGGCAUUACUGGAGGAAGAACUGCGCACUCUUCGACUGGCUACAACCACCCACCAUCACCACCAACAUGAGGGAGGAGAAGGAGGGAUGCCAGCCAUGCAGGGUAUUAGCAGUGUAUCAAAUGACUACGUGGAGGGGGUCUGCUCACAGCUGCGAGAGAGUGAAGCCUCCAGAUGGCAGCUUCAUGACCAGUGUGCACGUCUUGAGCGGCUUGUCGGUGUCCUGCGGAAAAAGGUAAAUGGACUGAAUGUGGUGGAGUCAAGCUUGGUGCAAGAGGGAACCAAGCUGACACUGGUGGAUCUCUCCCUCCAUGCACCACCUGCUGAAGGGAUCUCCAGUUCAAGUCACCUUAACACCCAACCCUCCACAUCCUCUGAGGGGGAAGCCAAAGACAGCCUCUCUUCACUGGAGUCUGUAGAAACUGCUUCUGCUUCAUCGUGGAAGAGAGGGGAAGUUCCUAGCACUACUUCAGGUCAUUCCUCAACAAAAAUGCAUUCCAAUUAUGUGCUGCUUCAUUCCUCUGGCUCCAACCCUUCUCAUGGCAGUCAUGCAAACUUCAUAUACUCACCAAUGGCACAGGCCAACCCUAACCAGUCCCCAGCUGCCAAUUCAACAUGCUCUAGUACACCUCCCUCAUUGGGUCCUACUACUACUCCCUCUUCUGUCUCUCCUAACCAUAAUCAUCAACUGAAUCAUCACCAUUAUCACCAGCAGCAGCAUCAACAACAACAACAACAACAACAACAACAACAACAACAACAACAACAACAACAACAGGAACAGCACCAGCACCAGCACCAUCAUUACCAACAAGUAGCAAGCCUUAAGAAUGACCCAAAACACCUCUCAGGUGUGACUAUUGUGGGACCCAUAACAGAACUUUGAUUAAUGGUGCUAUAAUAUGAUGUAAAGAGAUUUUUUUCUUUAUGAUUUUAGGAUAUCACAUAAUUAUUACUAUCAUUAUUUUUCAUUUUGAUUUUUUCAUUGGUUUUAUUUUUGUUUUUCAUAUAAUUUUACUACUACUACUACUACAACUACUACUACUACUACUACUACUACUACUACUACUACUACUACUACUACUACUACUACUACUACUACUACUACUACUAAAAAACAUCACAGUUAAGGAUAAACUGAUAGGGGUAACUAUCAUCAAUAAUUAAUUGAUAACUGGAGAUAAAUUUAUUGCCUGAUAACUGAUGAAUUGAUAAAUACAAAAUUUUGAUACUAUUGAUAUUUCAAAUAGAAAAACUGAUAAAUCCAAAUCUUUAUUUUUAUCACUAUACUAGAAAAUUUAGAAAAAGACUAAGUUUUUCUCCUGUCUCUUUACUAAUGAAAAGUACUGUUAUAAGUAAAAUAACUACAUUUGAUUUUGAAAGUUUGAAAAUUUAACAUGCUCUUGUUCUAGGAAAAAAGAAUAUUGAUUAUCACUUGUUUUGGAUCAAAAAUAUUUGACAAUGUUGGGAAGACAAUUUCUGGAUAACACUGGAAAAAACAUUGUUAGAUAACCAAUAAUCUGAUCUCGUUAUUGGGAUAAUUUAUUGUAAUGAGGUCCACCUAUGACUAUUACUGCUGCUGCUGGUGCUGCUGCUGCUAUUGUUACUGCUACUGCUACUGCUACUGCUACUAAGGGUGAUAAUGAUUUUUUUUUUUUCUUUUUUUUAUGUUAUGGCCUAUUGCAGCUGUAGGCAUACUUAAAGAAUAUAUGUGGGAAAUGCUGUUCAGGUUAUGCCCACUAGUGGUGCAGACAAUUUUUUUUAUCAUGGUAAACUGAUAAGGCUGACUAUCAGUGAUAAUUGAUAUUUGAUAACUGGUCAUAAAUUUAUUGGUCGAUAACUGGUAACUGAUAAAUAGAAAAUUUCAAUACUAUCAGUAAUGGCAUUGAUAUUUCAAAUAAAAAAAAAAAGAUAAAUCCAAAUCUUUAUUUCUAUCUUUAUAUUAGAAAAUUUAGAAAAAGAAAUUCAAUGUUUCUCUAGUGUCUUUAUUGAUGAAAAGUAUUGUUAUAAAUUAAAUAAUUACAAUUGAUUUUAAAAGCUAAAAAAUUCAGCAUAUUCUUGUUUUGGAAAACAAAAAUUAUUGAUUAUGUGUUGUUUUGGAUCAAAAGUAUUGGCAAUAAGACUGAUAAUUUGAUAAUGCUGGAAAAACAAUAAUUGGAUAACAUACAAUCUUAUAUCAUUAUGGUGAUAAUUUAUUGUGAUAAUGCCCACCUAUUACUACUACUACUACUACUACUACUACUACUACUACUACUACUACUACUACUACUACUACUACUACUACUACUACUGUUAAUGCUGCUACUGCUACUGCUACUGCAGUUGCAGCUACUAUGCUACUACUACUACUACUACUACUACUACUACAACUACAACUACAACUACAACUACAACUACAACUACUACUACUACUACUACUACUACUUUUUCUAGUUACAAUUAUAACUAUUAGCAUUAUUGCCAUUGUUAUACUACUACUACUACUACUACUACUACUACUACUACUACUACUACUACUACUACUACUACUACUACAGUAAAAGUCUAUUAAUCCAAUGAGCAGGGGGACCAGGAGUGUGUCGAAUUAUCUGUUUUGUCAGAUUAUCAAGAUGUAUUCCUGAAAACACCACCACAUCAGUACCUCCAUAUAACUUAGGACAAUUUUAUGUUUCAUAUAUCCAAUGAUUUUUCUUAUGUUGCUUAAGUUUCUCUGGUGAGACAUGAGUGACUUGAGUGAUGUUCUGGAGUACUGGAGGGUCUGUGUGCAAGGUGGGUGUGUGUGUGUUAUGUCCUGUGUUAAGUCCCAUAACACAUAAACAGAGAGUGAAAAUGAUGAGGCAUAGUACAAAUUUUUCCACUAGUACCUUUCCACUAUUGUGUGCGUGCCAGAGAGAACUUGGCAGUGUGUUUUCCACCAUAAGUGAGGUACAUUGUGGUCCACUAACGGUUUUGAUAGUACAUACACGUGAAUGUCAGCGUUAGUCACUACGCCACCUAUUUUCAUACAAAACUAACAUAACUUGUCAAUGAAUCCAUCGUUAUUAUGCCUGGCUGUCAAAUGGUUGAGGAUAAACAUGUCCAGUCUCAACAAAAUAGAAAUAGUGUGGGUUAAAUGCAUAAGCCCUCUAUAUAAAGCCUUCAGGGUAGCGUGCCAAGCAGGGUAGGACAUUACUAGGCUAUAGUAAAACUAAAUUGUACUAGCCCACAGGGUGAGGCUGAUAAUCCAUGCCAUGUUGCCAUAUCUUUCAUUAACUCAAGGAAAACAGAAUAACAUUUUUUUAUUCAAUUUAAUUCAUGAUUUUGUAAAAAAAAAAAAAAAAAAAAUUGUGGUGUAGAAAUGAGAUGUGAAGAUCUCUGCAGGUGAUUAUGUCAUAAGUAAAUAAAUACAGUAAAGGCGCUGGUUGUAAAAGUGAAAAUGAGACUGGUAAUUUACAUAAUAUUUACUGUUAUGUCCUCUCAAGAUACCCAGUCUAACAUAGUGAGUGGUGAGAAGAAACAUAAGAUGAGGCAGUAUUUUAUUUGUUAUUUCCCCAAGCUCCCCUUAUUUAUUGAACAUCAUUGGAUGCAGAGACAUUUUUGGCUGUACAACACACAGUAUGAUGGGGAAACGUCAGUGUGUACAUCUGUUGUGGUGACCAGAAAGUGAAUCGAUUUGCAUGUGCGGGCCUGCCUGGUGACAUGACUUCCCCCUUCCCCAGGGAAAAAAUACAAAGCUGGUUUGCAAUUUU